AUGCCAAAAACAGCGGUGCUCACCGUUAGCGCCGCUGUCGCUGCAUCGACCGAAAAAAAUGGUUACACGCCGCUUUACGGUAUCUUAAAUGAUCUACUUCUAGAGGCAUCAGACAAACCCGUGAAGCCAGUCACCUGUAUGCCAGCGAAGGGGAGCUUGAGGACGCGUCAAAUGGUGCGGCAGCUGAAAGGGAUCAGCUCGCUCGAGGAUCUCGCCGCCUUUGAGGAAGAGUUGCGGGGGGUUGUCACCUGCCAGGAAUCACGAUGCCGAGUAAAGAUGCAAAAGGCAUUCCUCACUGGACAAUACAUUGCAGAGGAAUACUCUUUACUGUGUGAGGAAGAGGAGCAGUGCCGCAACUUGCUCUGGCUUGCCUCCGUUUCAGAAGUCGGAAAGAGGGCAGCGUUCUUCAAAGUUGUGUGGGAUGAGAUGUAUAGCAGAUAUUUAGCUUAUAACGUAUUUGCUCGUGAGCGAAUUGAAAAUCUGUACGGACAUUUUCUUGGGAAGAUGGCAGCGGUAGAAGCCGAUCGACGCAGAGAGCUAAUCGAGUUGGAAGGAAUGUGCCGCAAGGAGGUUACCAGGAGGCGCUUCCUCGAAGCGAGUCGACACAUCGGCAUGGAGCUUCUAUUCCAACAAUCGUAUCGUGUCUCUUUCUGGGCUCGCUGUCGUUCCGACAACUUUAAACGUGAUAUUGUGUUACUUGAUGCUGAGGAGGAGCGUGAGCGGUGCUCUUUGGAGCGACUGAGCCUCCAGAAUCUUGCAAUAUUGGCCAAUGAACUAGAAAACAGCGCCUCACGGCUCAUGGUGACUUCAGUUAUGCGUGCAUCCUUGAUUAGACGAAAGCUCGUUGAUGACGAACGAAUGAGAGAAGUCGCACGUCUUCUGCUUAAUGUACCCAUCAGGGAAAUGGACCUUCGUGCCGUUCUUGAGAGGUACGAAAUGGAGAAGCGUCAGGAAAUACGUGUGGGGUUCUACCUUGGGUGGCGGGAAUUGCUCAAUCAAGCGCUAAAACCAGGUGAUGCUGCCGACAUUGUGUACAGGCUUGAGUGGUACGAGCGAAUGUGUGUGUUUGACCAGUGGAGACACGGCUUCCACGCAAUUGGGGAGUGCCACAACCGUGAGAAGAGACAAAUAGAAAAGUUUGAAGCUGAGCACGACGAGUUCUAUUACGAUGUAGUUCACAAACUUAGAGAACUUUGGGCAGAGGAAAGUGUGGAGUACACCCAGCUUAAAAAUAUGUAUCACAGUUUUGUUUGGUCUAAACGGAUGAUGGAAAGCGCGAUGAUCGUUGAAUCUGAGGAGGAAUGCUGCCGGAAGCGGCUUAUCGAGGCUGAGAUAGAGGAAGCGAUGAAUUUGAUGAUGUUCUCUCAUCUUCAGCUAUGUGAAUUAACCGCAGCAGGAAGGGCAGCUGCGAUUAUGGAGGUAGAAGCAAGCUGUUGGGAGUCGAUGGUUAGAAGCAGUUAUGCAACUUUGGGAACGCAGCUCUGCGAGAAACUCUUGAACGAUGAAGAAAAUGAACGAAUUGCGAUUAUUUCUGAAGCUCGCAGCGCUUGGUCGGUCAUUGUUCUUCAGGAAGCUGCGCCGUCUAGCAGUCCUGUCGACGAUGAACCGGUGCAGCCAGUGUAUGCUGGGCCCGACCCCAAAUUAGUGGAAGAAUGGUACCGGAGACAAUAUUCGGACCAGUGGGCAUUGCUGGAAAGGGAGAAAUGUAGACGCAAGGAGGUUGUUGUAAGUGAGUCCUACGGUCGACGAUGGGUAUAUGCGAACAUACUUAGCGAUGUGGAACAGUGGAACCGCAUGGACAUAGCAGUGGAGUUCCAGCGGGGGCUUUGUGGUAUUGCGCUUGAGAAGUUGGUGGAUGUGGAACAAUUCGUGCGGUUAGACUUAGGCACGGGAGCUCAGCAACGGUGGAAAUUCCUAACAAAGAGCUUCAGGUACAGCCGUCCCUAUCUUUUGUCCUGUGAGGUGGAUGAGCUUGACGGGCGUUUGAGCAUUAUAACCGAAGCAGAAACAACUAUUGGUGCCCUGUUCAUCUCACGCGGGGGAUACCGGCCCGUAAAAUACUGCUCAGAAGAGCUCUGGUCGACUCGAUCUAUUACACAAUAUAUGUCGUUAGAAGAGCUCCUUCAGCGUCUUUCCGAUGAACUUGUUCACACAGUGGAACCCGAGGGAAGGAGAAAAACUGCGGCGUGCGAAACGAAUGAAAGGUUACUGUUGAUGUUAAUGAGGGAAGAGAGCGUGUGCCGUUGCCAUAUCCACAAGUGUGUUGAAGAUUCUUACGAGGCUUUGCGCCGUCUGUUUGAUCGAAUAAUAUCACGAGAGGAUGAGUGGCAGCAACGAAGCGCACACAAGGAACCGGAGGUAGAGCGCACGGGAGUAGAAGCUCUUAUGGAUUACUUCCGCCGUCAGGAGGAAUCAUUUGUCACUAAGCGUGAAGCCCAACGGCAACGAAGUCGUCAGCUCUUUGGUUCACUCUUCAAGGAGUUUUAUUGGGGACGAGACGCCAUUAUUGUUGAGGAACUUGUCGGGCGAGAUGUGCUCCGCAACUUUGUUCACCAGCGGAGCCUUUCGCCGCCUGUGCUUAUCCGGGAGGCUGCUACGCAGGUGAUAGUGCGACUCUACAACGUUGCGCUCGUAACUAAUGACCUCGCUGGGUCACUCAAGGUCGCCAUGUACGGUAGUGAGGAAGAGAAAGGAGUCACUUGCAGGUUGUCCGAGACACAAACACUCUUUUCGGCGGGCGCUUUCUUCCGUAUCUGUUUCCCGGAAACUCAGUUAGAGUGGAGCACACCCCUAACAAACGAGAGCAAAGUCUUAUUUUUCCGGAUUGGCGCCGAUGGGAGUGACGAUGUGGUUGCCACCGCUUCGCUGCUCUUAAGGGCGGAGGCGAUGCGGCGGAACAACACCACUUCUGUUCAUUCAAUUCCUUUAGACCAGCAAAAUGGCAAGAUGAAUGUUAUUGUCUAUAUCAUGUAG